GACCUGCCAUAAUCCCAAUCGUAACCCCAGUGGUGUCAGUAUGUGUCUGUCUGUGCCGCUAUGGGUGAAAACACAAUGACGUACUCCACUGCUGGGGCUUGUGAAUGUGUGUGUAUUUUGUUUGUUCACAAAGAUAGUUUUUGUUGUUAAAACAAAAGCCAUUAUGACUGUCACAAGUGCUUCUUUUUCUGACCACAAAACCUCAAACACACAUGAAAACGCACGCACACACCCAAAAUCUCACCCUGACACGAGGCGACUCAGGAGAGAGGGAGCGUGAGGGAGAGAAAGAAGCAAGUGAGGGAGAGAAGCAGCUUAAGCGAUGCGUUUUUUUCUUCCUUGAGGUGGACAGUGGAGUGUAUUUGAAGAAAAAAAGAGAAAUUACCUUCCUCAAUUUAGACAUCACAGCAACAGAAGACCGAAAUCUCUCUGGAGUGAGUGGGCAAGCAUCUGCACGGUUCUCUCCUGGUGUGGGUUCGACUCGGCAGUGUCGAUGUUUCCAGUGAAACAGCCGUGGUUGUGUAAAGCGCUAGGUUGCUAUGACUGCUGCAUCCGCUGCCUGGGCGCCGUGCCCUACACCAGCCUGCUGGCCACCCUGCUCUGCUACACUGGCGUGGCACUCUUCUGUGGGGGAGGGCAUGAGGCACUCACUCACACACACACAUUCGUAGAGCUCUACUUCGCAAGGGACGUCCAGGAUUUCACUGUACUGGCAGACUUUAUAAAAUAUUUCCAGUAUGUGAUCUACGGUCUGGCCUCCUUCUUUUUCCUCUAUGGAUUGUUGCUCUUGGCUGAAGGUUUUUACACCACCAGUGCAGUAAAGCAGACUUUUGGAGAAUUCAGGAGCACAAAGUUUGGCCGUUGCUUCAGCCUGACUUUUAUAAUCCUGACGUACGUGCUCGCUGUGAUCUGGCUAGUUGUCUUUGGCUUUACGGCCAUUCCUGUGCUCUUCUUCAUUAAUAUGAAAAGCUCCUGUCACAAAGUCAACAUUCUGUCGGAAACCACCUUGUUCAACCAGCAGUCAAGAGUCUGUAUGGAUGCACGGAUGUAUGGGUUUCUUCCCUGGAAUGCUGUGCCAGGGAUUGUUUGUGGAAACACACUGGCAAACAUCUGCAAAACACCAGAGUUCUACGUGACCUAUGACCUUUAUAUCUGUGCAUUUGCUGGAGCAGGAAUCACCCUUCUUGCCCUGUUCAUUUAUGUGGUUGCCACCACCUACAACUACGCCGUUCUUAGGUUUCUUGGAAGAAAGGGAAUCCGUUGCUAGGUUCGGUAUUGCUAGGCCCACAUUCCUGUUGCCUGUGGCCGGAGAGGAAACACAAAAGAGCUCCAUGAAGCCCCUGCAGAGUUCUAUCAUACAGAGCACAAACACACACACAAGCUACUGGUUUCAGGAGACAAACUAGUACAAACUACACUAAGGUUGACAAAAAAUACAAAUAAAAUAAUAAUUCUUUAAAGCACUACAUGUAAAACCACAAACUGCUGUACUGUAGAUCUCUGGAGGAGUGGAAUUUAGCUUCUUCACCAAUUUAGCUUCUCCUUUCUCUCAUGGCCAUUUAUUUAUUUAUUUUAAUGAUUGUAUUCUUUGUGCUUCAUGGUCUUAUUAAUGCCUUGCAGUUUGCCAGAAUUUUAGCCUCUCUCGUCUCUCUCUCUCAAACAUUGCAUCUUUUUGAGAGAGUUAGAGUGUGUUGUGCCUCAGUCAGAUGUGGGUUUUUAUUCUGUGUGACACAGAGAAACAGCGUUGUAGUGAGCAGCUUUCUUUGUGCCAAUGUUAGUGUUAGUGUCACCUCCUGUGUGUGAUUUUAUGUUUAUGGGUGUAUUUGUUGUAUAUUUUGACUAACUUUGGCAAUAUGCUGAACCUGAUCAAUGAUGGUGCUCGAUCAAAGUAACUAACUUUUUGUUUCUUUGUUUUUAUUGUUAACUUCCUGGCUCACUUCAGACAACUAAAUAUUAUUUCUACAGUAAGGUGGAUAACUGUAAAUGAUUAAUAAAACUUGUGCAGAAUUCAGACUAAAGUGAGUUUACAUAAAAUUGUGUGUUAACUUUGUUGAAACUCAUGCAUUAAACUUUAAUUUCCUUUAAUGAAAGCU